AUGCCUUUGGAGCCGUGGCAAAGACUUUCCCAAGCAGUAUUCGAAAAGUGGCUCAAAUCGCUCUGCGACAAAAAUCCCCUCAUUGACCUCCGUUUCGGGUGCAAAGUUGAGGGCGUUGAUGAUAUCCAGGAUGGUGUACUUCUUCGCACAAUGGAUGUCGCUUCUGGAGGUCGACGCCAAUUGAUGGCACAGUACCUGGUGGGGUGUGACGGGGGCUCUAGUCAGGUCCGCCGCAGCUUAGAGAUACCCUUGGACGGUGGGCCUAUGCCUGUGUACGUCCUCCUCAUCCAUUUUACAUCUCGGGAUCUUACUCGCCUCCACGCCCAAGGGCGUUUUUGGCAUGUUUUCUUCGUUGGAGACGCGGGCCUCGUCUCGACUUGCAUAGCCCAGAACGAGAAAGACGUAUGGACAACCCAUCUUCUGUUGCCCAUGGAUCAAGAUUCCGAGAGUAUUGGAUCCGAGGAGGCCGUCUAUCGAGCUCUAGGCGGUAUCUAUGGUAAAUAUGAGAUCAAGAUCGAUGAGAUCCUCGUCCGGUCGACAUAUCGACCGAAUAUCGCCAUCGCUCGCACUUAUUCCGGGUAUGAUGGUCACGUAUACCUUGCGGGGGAUGCGGCACAUCAGAACAUUCCUACUGGAGGCUAUGGCAUGAAUAUGGGCAUUGCCGACGCCUUUGAACUCGGAUGGAAAAUGGCUGCCGUGGUCAACGGGCACGCUCAGCCAUCCAUCCUGCGUACAUAUGAACAGGAACGCCGAACCACAGCCAUGACUUGUAUCGAGCGGUCUGGAGUACACAUGAGAGUACACAUGGAGGUCGCCAAAUUGGUCGCCGGCAAAGCCAAGCUCUUAGACGCGGAGACGGAAGAAGGACACAAGCUCCGGCAAACCGUGCACGCAUACUACCAGGAACAUGAUGGCGAGAAUACUGACUCUGGAAUUGAAAUGGGAUACCGAUACAAAUCAAACAUAAUCAUAGGCGAUGGCACUAAAGAACCGGUAUGGCUGCCAUCCGAAUACACAGCCACCACCUUUCCCGGAAAUCGUGCUCCUCACGUUUUUUUGAGGGAUGGUUCUCCUAUCUUCGACCAUUUCGGGCCGAAUUACACACUGGUGGAAUUCCUCGACACCUCUGCAAGCGGAGCACAUCUUCUCCUCGAUGCAGCGUGCCAAAACUGGAUGCCUAUAAAGCAUUUGGUGCUCAAAGAAGAGACACAUGCCCACAGCAUCUACGAGCGGCGCCUCGUGCUCGUACGCCCAGAUGGACAUGUGGCAUGGAGAUCGGAUGGAGUGCAGGAUCCAGCCGAAGCGGCGGGUGUCUUCGCCACCAUUUCAGGACGGAGAAACGUUGAUUCGGACACUGAGAGAUCGGGGGCUGUCGAACUUACCAUGGACGAAUCUGAGACUGGUUCUGGGGCUUUUGCAUUUACGGCUACGGUGGCAAACAACACCCAGAAGGGGCAAUUCGAGCUAGAGAAAAUGGGCACCUUCCAAGCAUAA